AUGGACACCCCCGUCCUCAACCAGCUGCUUCGCCAGCUAUUCAGGCAUCCAGCAUGUCAAUCCCUGCGACAGUCACCCAUCGCAUUAUCGAGAGGACAAACUCGCUCGUUCCUCACCCGGCGCAAUCCCAAUGUCAAACGCAAGCCGCAAGAUGCUAGCAUGCUUUGGCUAAAACGAGCAGACAUAAACAAGAACAUCGAUGAAGAAUACAAGACAUAUCCAACAGUCACCGCCAAGGAGCUGCGCAACCGGCGAGAGCGGCCGCGGCAGGUGAAAAUGUUGACACGCGAGUUCAUUGACGACAGUCUUUAUAACCCGUACUAUGGAUAUUUCUCGAAGCAUGCGACUAUUUUCACACCGGGCGAGCCAUUCGACUUCAACAAUAUCGAUGAUGGACCAGCUUUCCAUGGACUUGUGGGUGAGCGGUACACGGAAUUCGAGAACCGGCUCGAUGAAAUCAAGCCUGACAUUGCGCGUCAGCUUUGGCAUACUCCGACAGAACUUUUCAAGCCGUAUUAUGGCGAGACAAUUGCCAGAUACCUUGUUUCGAACUACAAGCUCACCCUAUACCCUUACCACGACCUGAUCAUCUACGAGAUGGGUGCCGGUAACGGUACAAUGAUGAUGAACAUCCUGGAUUUCAUUCGUGAUACCGAUUAUGAAGUGUACCAGCGCACCAAGUUCAAGAUUAUCGAAAUUUCGCCCGCACUAGCCGAUCUCCAAUUCAAGAAUUUGACAGAUGCUCUCGAUUCCCGAGGACACCGAGACCGCGUCGAGAUUAUCAACAAGUCAAUCUUCGAUUGGGACACAUACGUACACUCGCCAUGUUUCUUCCUUGGUCUUGAAGUUUUCGACAAUUUCGGUCAUGACACCAUCCGUUAUGAUUGCGCUACCGAGAUGCCCCAACAAGGCGGCGUGCUUAUCGAUGGCAACGGCGAGUUCCACGAGUUUUACAACACUCAAUUAGAUCCAGUUGCAGCACGCUUCCUUCGCGUGCGCCAGGCUGCUGCCCGACGCCCUUUCCCCAGUCCCCUUGGCCCUCGCGUCCUCCGUGGUCUCCGGUCUACGGCGCCCUUCCGCAAAAGCCAUUCUCUCCCCGAGUACAUCCCGACUCGUCUCAUGCAGUUCUUUGAUGUGCUUAACCAGUACUUCCCUGCUCACCGUCUCGUGGCGAGUGAUUUCAGUUCCUUGCCGGAUGCUGUGCCUGGAUUGAACGCCCCAGUUGUUCAGACGAGAUAUCAGCGGCAGACAGUACCGGUGACGACGCCUUUUGUUCACCAAGGAUACUUUGAUAUCUUCUUCCCUACUGACUUUAACGUUGUCGAAGAUAUGUACCGUGCCGUGACCGGCAAGUUGACCCAGGUGAUGAGCCAUGAAGACUUCAUGGAACGCUGGGCUUACAUUGAGGACACGGAGACUCGGAAUGGCGAGAACCCGCUUCUGAGCUGGUACAAGAAUGCUAGCAUGCUGAUGACUGUGUAG